AUGGCUGAUUUCAUUACCAAUUUUUCCAAGUUAUCGUUCGCCGAUAUUUCCAAGGCGGAUGACUCGCAUUUCGCCGAUUUGACUAACGAACAAAAGGCUUUGUCUUCUCAAUUCCAGACCUUGAGCGCCAGACUCGAUGAGCCAGAAUCGUUGGAAUCAUUGAACUCCAACUUGAGAACCAAGACAUUUGUUGCUGGAAACGUUGCUUCAAAGGCCGACUUGGUUGUUUUUGAAAAGGUUUUGCCAGUUGCUUCCAAGUGGACUGCUGUUGAAGAUUUGGCAAAAUACAGACAUAUCAUCAGAUGGGUCGAUUUGAUCCAGAACACAUUGGUUGAAGUCCCAGAAGGUGACAAGUUGAAGGUGAACAACGACGUUGAACUUCCCAGAGAAGUCAAGGAAAAGAAGAAGCCAGCUGCUGCCGCCGGAGCUGAAACUGGCGAAAAGAAGGACAAGAAGAAGGAAGCUGCUACUUCUGCUGCUGCUCCUGCUCAAGAAGCUGCUAAUGCUAGCGCUGGUAAGGGCCCAAUUUCCGAAGAAGAAAAGGCGGCUAGAGCUGAAGCUGCUAAAGCCAAGAAGGCUGCUAAGGCCAAGGCUAAGGCUGAACAAAACGCCAAACAGGCUGCUGCUGUUGUGCCACCAAACCCCUCUAUGAUUGACUUCAGAGUAGGUUUCAUUCAAAAGGCUGAAAGACACCCUAACGCUGAUUCGUUGUAUAUGUCUACUAUCGACAUGGGCGAUGAAGAGGGUCCAAGAAUCGUGUGUUCCGGUUUGGUCAAUUACAUGCCUAUCGAGGACUUGCAACAGAGAUACGUUGUCGUCGUUGCCAACUUGAAGCCAGUCACCAUGAGAGGUGUCAAGUCUUGUGCAAUGGUAUUGUGUGCCUCAACUGAAGGCAAGGUUGAGUUCGUCAAUCCACCUGCUGGCUCCAAGGCCGGUGAAAAGAUAUUCUUUGAAGGCUUCAAUGGUGUCCCAGAAAAGCAAUUGAACCCCAAGAAGAAGAUCUGGGAAGCUGUCCAACCAGGCUUCUCCACAACUGAGAACUUCGAAGUCACCUACACUGAAGAAGGUAAGGAGCCAAAGAGAUUGGUCAAUGAAAGAGGCGAACUUUGCCACAACACAUCCAUCGUCAAGGCAGAGGUAAAGUAGAACCUUCGAGCAUAAAUAAACGAAACGAAU